AUGCGUUCCACCGGCGUCGACGGCGAGCCAUCCAAGGUCCCGCCCAACUUGGCCGUGAUUAAGAGUAUCAAUCCCAACUACACCGGCUUUGACUAUAUAUCCUGGUAUCUGGGCAAUGCCCGUCAGGCUGCCACCUACUUCGUCGCCCACUUCGGCUUCCGCGUUAUCGCAUACAGCGGACCAGAAACCGGAUCGCACCUGACAACUUCCUAUGUUGUUGCCAACGGGAACGCUCGCUUCAUGCUGACUGCCCCAAUAACCGGGCCCCAGAACAUCCCCUCCGACAAGAACGUGUCCGAAAAGGACCGCAGUCUGUUGACUGAGAUCCAAGCACACUUGAUCAAACACGGCGACGGAGUUAAGGAUAUUGCCUUUCAAGUCGACGAUGUCAGAGGCGUGUGGGAGCAUGCCAUCCAAAAUGGGGCAACCUCAAUCCAGAAGCCAACUAUACUUAGUGAUGAAAAGGACGGGAAAGUACUCUAUGCAACAAUCAAAACGUACGGAGAUACAGCUCACACUCUGAUCAAUCGGUCGAAUUAUCGGGGAGUAUUUUUACCUGGAUUUCGCCCGGUAAAUGAUAUGAAUGCUCUGAACGAGCUACUACCCAAGGUGGAUCUGAUUGAAAUUGAUCAUUGCGUCGGGAACCAGCCUUGGAAUGGUCUCGACGGGAUUGUCAAAUAUUACGAGGAUGCUCUGAACUUCCACCGCUAUUGGUCUGUGGACGACAAAGAUAUGUGCUCGGACUACUCAGCUAUGCGAUCCGUUGUUGUGGCAUCUCCUAACAAUGUGAUCAAAAUGCCAAUGAACGAGCCAGCCACUGGUCUGAAGAAAUCUCAGAUUGAAGAAUUCGUGGACUACUACGGAGGAGCAGGCUGCCAACAUAUCGCUUUUCGAACCAACAACAUUAUUGAAGCUGUCGAAAGCCUCAAAAAGCGCGGCAUAAGCUUUCUUUCAGUUCCUAGUAGCUACUAUGUCAAGAUGCGUGAGAAGCUGGCUAUGAAGAACGUCAAAAUUGCCGAAGAUAUCACCCUUUUACAGAAAUACAACAUUCUUAUCGACUUCGACGAGGGGGGGUAUCUUUUGCAGAUCUUCACUAAACACGUGGGUGACCGUCCUACUGUCUUUAUGGAAAUUAUCCAGAGAGAGAAUUUCGAUGGGUUUGGAGCUGGGAACUUCAAGAGUCUGUUUGAAGCUUUUGAAAGGGAGCAAGCGUUGCGCGGGAAUCUUUGA